AUGCAUUUCAACACUAAGCCCCCCCAGGACCUCAGCGCCCCCAGGACCUCAGUACCCCCUGGACCUCAGCGCCCCCUGGACCUCAGCCCCUCUGGACCUCAGUACCCCCUGGACCUCAGCGCCCCCUGGACCUCAGCCCCUCUGGACCUCAGCGCCCCCAGGACCUCAGCUCCCCCUGGACCUCAGCGCCCCCAGGAUCUCAGCUCCCCCAGGACCUCAGCUCCCCUAGGACCUCAGCUCCCCCAAGACCUCAGCUCCCCCUGGACCUCAGCGCCCCCAGGACCUCAGCUCCCCCUGGACCUCAGCUCCCCCAGGACCUCAGCUCCCCUAGGACCUCAGCUCCCCCAAGACCUCAGCUCCCCUUGGACCUCAGCGCCCCCAGGACCUCAGCUCCCCCUGGACCUCAGCGCCCCCAGGACCUCAGCUCCCCCAGGACCUCAGCGCCCCCUGGACCUCAGCGCCCCCAGGACCUCAGCGCCCCCCGCACUGCAGAGAUUGCAGGGGGAGCAGCGACGUCAACAAGAGAGAGGUCCUGAGAGAGAGCCCCAGCCCGGCUCUCAACACCUCAGCGCCCCCAGGACCUCAGCUCCCCCUGGACCUCAGCUCCCCCUGGACCUCAGCGUCCCCAGGACCUCAGCUCCCCUAGGACCUCAGCUCCCCCAGGACCUCAGCUCCCCCAGGACCUCAGCUCCCCCAGGACCUCAGCUCCCCCAGGACCUCAGCUCCCCUAGGACCUCAGCUCCCCCAGGACCUCAGCUCCCCCUGGACCUCAGCGUCCCCAGGACCUCAGCUCCCCUAGGACCUCAGCUCCCCCAGGACCUCAGCUCCCCCAGGACCUCAGCUCCCCCAGGACCUCAGCUCCCCCUGGACCUCAGCGCCACCAGGACCUCAGCGCCCCCAGGACCUCAGCUCUCCCUGGACCUCAGCGCCCCCAGGACCUCAGCUCCCCCACGACCUCAGCGCCUGACACUAACGUCCAUUACCUGGCCACAGGGAGCAGCGACGUCAACGAGAGAGAGGUCCUGA